GACACGGUCCUGACAGCCGCUGCAGAGCCGAGCCGAGCCGAGCUGUCGCGAUGUGGUAGCCCCGAACCAUGGACAGCAGAAUAAAGGAGAGUCCAGACAGAACAUUUGAUCUGGUUCUGCAGGUGUCGUGUCCAGCAUCUGAGCAUGAAGAUCCAACCGUGCUGUGGAGCUUCCCCCAGGACCACACAGACCAGGAGGUCCUUCAGACGAUACCAAAGUUCUGCUUUCCCUUUGACGUGGAAAGGGUUAACCAGAGUCAGGUGGGGCAGAACUUCACCUUUGUGCUGACGGACAUCGACGGCAAGCAGAGAUUUGGUUUCUGUCGUCUCACUCAAGGCUGCCGGAUCUGCAUAUGUCUGCUCAGUUAUUUACCAUGGUUCGAAAUCUACUACAAGCUGCUAAACACCCUGUCGGAUUACCUAAUGAAACAACAGGAAAAUGACUUGAACGACAUGCUCAAUUCUCUCUAUGAUCUGCCUGUGCCAAAGCCCUUCACGCCAGUCAACCUGAGUGUGAAUGAGCAGUUGUAUAUUGCCACUGGGCAAGUACUGAGAGAUCGGGGAAGCAAGGAGAUGCACUCCUACUUCAUCGCCCCGGAUAUCAAUGGACUGCCAACGAUCCCUGAGAGUAGGAACCUGACAGAGUAUUUUGUGGCCGUGGACGUCAACAACAUGCUCCAGCUCUACGCCUGCAUGCUGCACGAACGACGCAUCAUCAUUACCUCAAGCAAGCUUAGCACUUUAACUGCAUGUGUCCACGGCGCGGCUGCCAUGCUCUUUCCCAUGUACUGGCAGCACAUCUUCAUCCCUGUGCUGCCCCCGCAUCUUCUGGACUACUGCUGUGCCCCCAUGCCAUACUUCGUGGGAGUUCAUCUGAGUCUGCUCGAGAGAGUACGUAGUAAAUCACUGGAGGAUGUGGUGAUUCUGAACGUGGAUACCAACACCUUGGAGAGUCCAUUCGAAGACUUGCACAACCUGCCCAGUGACGUGGUGUCCUCUCUGAAGAGCAAGCUGAAGAAGCAGUCGACGGCAACAGGAAGUGGCGUGGCGAGGUCCUUCAUGAGAACGCAGGCCGCUCUAUUCGGAUGCUACCGAGACGCCCUGAGAUAUAAACCAGGGGAGCCUAUCACUUUCUGUGAGGAGAGCUUCGCAAACCACCGCUCCAGCACCAUGAGGAACUUCCUGUCGAUGGCUGUCAACCUGCAGCUCUUCAAACAGUUCAUCGACGGACGGCUGGCCAAAUUGAACGCAGGCCGCGGCUUCACCGACGUGUUUGAAGAGGAGAUCACAGAGGGGGGCUUCUGUGGAAGUAAUUCAAGGUCUUAUCAGCAAUGGAUGCACACCGUGAAGAGAGGAGGAGCACUCAUCAACACGGCCGUGACAAAGGCCAGGAGUCAUGCCAAGAGGGGCAUCCGGGACAUUAAGGGCAGACUAAAAGCAAGGGAAGAGGAAGAAGAGGGGAUGCCGGUCUGUGCCGGGUCUCCCACCAGCACCAAGAGCCUGUCUCCAAGGAGACUGCAGAAGAUGAGACGGCAGAACCUCAGAAAGUCUCCCAUGAGCAUGGACCCCCGAGAUCUUGGCUACGGGCUGGAUGAUGAUGAGCUGGACAGUGCGAGCAAGCUGUCCUCAGAAGACAGCGGGGACGUCCCCUCCUACACAGAGGACAGCGACGACUCGUACUCGCUGGAGCUGGACAUCGACCCGUCCCGCUCGGGCCAGAUGAACCUGCUGGAGGAGAUCCUGGACUCUCUGAACACCACGGGUCUGGACCAAGGAAAACUCAGUGCCGCCAAGAGCCUGGACUUCUUCAGGUCCAUGGAUGAGUUGGACUACAAGACACCGACCAAACCGACCCCCCCCACUGAGGCGACCCCUGCAGAUGACUGUGGUUGUGCUGGGGACCAGAAUCAGGGCGGCUGGAACAUGGGCCAGGACGACAGCGCCAUCCACGGAAAACACCUCCCACCGUCUCCACGGCGACAGCCCAACAAGAGCAGCCUGAAGGUGUUGAAGAAGCCUGUGGUGGCUCCUCCAGCCCCCCCAGCCCAAGCUGCGGACGUGUCCAGACCCCGGCCAAGUUCUCCUCAGCCCAAAUCUGCCCCAGUCCCUCACCUUUCAUCUCCGGAACGACAUCCAGGACACCGCUUCUCCUACAUGCCCCUACUGCCCCACAACCCGACACCCACUCCACCAUCUCCCUCACUCUCUUACCCUCACAGCUCUCUAGCACCAGACUCUCACCUGGACUACCCUCCUGAUCCGGUGGGCCGGUCCCGGACCAUCUCAGACCCCCAGGCCUGCACAGAGUCUUCUCAGACCCUGAACCAGAAUUCCUCCACUGGCAUCCUGAGGAGGAAGGUGCUGUCCAAGGAGAUGGUGAGGCAAUACCACGAAAAGGCCCUUCACAGGCAGGGCAGCCGGGUCUACCAGGAGGGCGAGGAGAAGCACAGACAGUCAGCUAUGCCGGUCCCGUGGGAGAAAGAGGUGUCCAAAGAGGGGCUCCUGGGUCUGGGUGAGAGUCCAGGCUCUGGGGCGGCUGUGGUGCAGGAACAAACCCUCCUGGAGGAGAUCGACGCCAGGUGUUGCCUCGGCUCGGUCCUCCACACCAGCCUGCAGCUCUCCCAGGUUCACUGCAACAACAGUCACCAGCAGGUCCAGGGCAAAGCCACGGAGGAGUCCUGAGGGACCUCAAAGACUCAGUGUCCGUAAAACGCCAUAGAAGUAUAUUCACUGUCAUCGUAGACGACAUGAGCAGUUCAGAAGCUUUUCUAUCAACACCCAGUGAUGAGCGAAGGCCACAAACAAACCUGAUGUCAUACAGGAAGCCACAAAGCGUUAGCUUGGAUGCUAAAAGGAAAACGGGAGCGAUGAGCUGGUUCACUGCACAAUUCUACAUCUGUUGUCAAUCUUUGUUUUCAAAUGAUUCAAUUUGUAUUUCAGGUGAAAUAAUCUGACAUUGUAUCUCAACUUGUUGUUUCCAAGAUAAGUGGACAAACUUUUUACUUAUUCGGGAAGCGAAAUAGAAAAACAACAAAUUAGUUUUCUUUAUAGUGAUUCGGAUGCUACAACAAGAAAAACACAAAGUGAGACAUGCAGUGUUGUUAUUUCAGUUGGUUUUAAGAAAGUACAAUUCUAUAAACUCCAAACAAAAGAGACAAGAUUGAUGUUUCUGCAUCACAGUAUUUUUGUUGAUAAUCGUCUACAUUUCUGAAGGACACAUUCUCGUGUGUUGUAUUAUUCAUCUAGAAAACAUUUCACAAUGCAAAACUCGACCCUUGAAUUAUAUUUUGCACAGAAUAUAUGUAGCCGACAGGUGAAGGAGGAAUUGUUCACAUUGCGAAGAGGAAAUCCAGAAACGGCUGCGUCAGCAUUACGAGGGGGCGACGGCUCCUCAUGGUCCAAACAUUUCACUUGAUCAAAAUUUGCACUUGGUUAUCAACAAAUAAUACUCAGUUAUUACUUCGUGGUACAAAAAGUCAAACAGGAUUUUCUAGAAACAAAUGAAACUAAUGAUACACUGUGUAAUUUAAUAUGUUUUUUUUUAUCACCAUGCCUUAAGUGGACAUGUGAUUUUGUUUAUAAUACUCUGGUGUCUUAAUCUAUCUAUCGAUACCAAUACAGGUACUUUGUAAUCCGAUUACUUACAGAUCGUUAAUGCAACAGUUAGUAGAACUUAAACAGCACUGUGUGUAUCUGUAUUAAUAGAGUAGUUAAUAUAUGAAGUGCUUUAAGUUGCUGUUUUUAAAUUGCAUUCCUGAUCAUGAACUGUGCACGUGGAGAAACCUCUCUCCUCUCCCUGCGUUCCUCAGGACACUUCUGCAAAUACACUCAAAGUUUAAAGCCGAUUCUUAUGAAAAAAAAGCCAAUAUCCUUCGUCCAGCUCCUCUUCUUCCUCUUUUCCCACUGUCACCGCUCUGCCCCUCACGUUGUCUCUCUCUCUCGACCUUUAGAACGGCCGCCAGUUGUUGCAGAGCUUGUGAGGUUUGGAGCGGAGGUGAAAAAGGUGAACUUUAUGCGAUACGACAGAUAAAACCGUACAUUCCUGUUAUUAUCUACAGAUCCCGUGGAAAGACCGAAACUAACGAAACAAUGCUCUGCCUCUCAGACCCACCCCCCCCUCCCCUGUUUGUGGCCCACAGCCUCAAGCCCAUUGUUCCUACUGAUGAUGUAACCUAUCAAAGUGGGUCACAUACUGAAAAAAGUUCUAAUUUUCAGUCUCAAAACAAGACGUAGCUUCUACAAUUAAAUACAUUCAUCUGUAGACUUCUAAUCAGUGGAAUUAAUUCAUCGUUGAUUUUGGGUUUUCUCACGGGAUUUGUUGACUUUUUUCCGAAGAAUCCAGAACCUCUCGUAUAACGUUUUUAUCGGCGCGUCUCACAUGAGGAAAUGCAAUCUCUGUCCCUCUAGGUCCGAGUCUCACACUGUAAUGUAACGCAGUGAUUGACGAUUGUGCUGUGAUGAAGCAAUACAGUUCUCCUCAGAGAGUAGCUACGUGGAUGUAUCGUGUACAGAGUCGAAACUAUUUCUAUAACAGACUCUCCUGUGGAGAGAAAACGCCAUGUCCGGAGAUUGUGGGUUCCCAUCGUUCUCUUGAGUCACCACAAAACCCAGGAAGGGAAAAAAACGAAAGCCCUUUCAUGUGCUUGUGUUGGGAUUAUUACAUUUAUGGUUCGUUGUUCUUAUGAUUUAUGCCAGACGCCAGUCGGUGUGGCAGUUUAAUAGCAGCUAUUCCUCCACUUUUUGAGUGCUGCUCUGCGUUAACGAUUCGCCUAUAAAGUCUUUGGCGUGCUUCUAAAAGCCCAGGAAUCGGUCCUAGUAAUUCUGAAAAGGAAAAAAAUAAACUAGACUCCAGAACAAUCUCCGUACGGGCCUCACCUAUCGCAAACAAGCUUAUUUACUAUGCAAGUAUUUAAAAUGAUGAAAAUAUAGUAUUUUUUUCCACAUUAUAUUCUAUAAUUCUACUUGAAACCAACCAAAAUUUAAUUCCUAGUGAGAAUAAACCUCACGUGUCCCUAAAUAAAUUCACAGUGUGAGCUGAGGUGUGUCUAAAGGUGUGAGUGUGUGUUGUGCCUUAAACAGUCAGAGUACCAUCCUAUACAAUCACAACAAGGUACAGUAUCAGAAAGUAAUAUGCAAUGGUUUCCGACCACCUUGUAUCACACUAUGGAGCAUCUUUGUAUUUAUAUGACAAACGGACACAAAAGCCCUGAUUUGGUUUGGUGAGGAAAUGACUGAAGUCGGGUAGCAGCGUUGUUUGUGUAGCUGUUGUGUUUCUGACUUUCUGCUUCAGCUGCAGUUUUUCUUUUUCUUUGGUCCCGUGGGCGCUGGGAACUUCCUGUAUUGAAGAGAGGAUGUUGGAAUUUCUCUGAGUCAUUUUGUCCUUAUUUGUAAACUAAGUACUUUCCUUGAUUGUGAUAUUAAUACGUAUUUAGUUUGUGCUCCUUGUCUUUUUCAUCUCUCUCUUUUUUUUUAAAUACCCUGACUACUCAUUCUGAGCAAACUGUAUUAAAAAAAAAAACAUUUCUCAGAGGAGUUUCUUUAGUUGAUUUCAUAUUGAUGAAUAAUUAUUUUCGACUGAAUAGACGUGUAUUUUUUCUGGCCUAAGUAUAUUUUACAUGAAUAAUAUAUGAUCGGUGUUAUAUGUUGUAAAGACAAGAUAUAAAUGACACCUAAUAUUUGAAUGUUUUAGAAUUUAUUUUUGGAGGAAAGAAACUAUAGAGAGAAUCUAAGAGAAAUGUCCCAUGUAGCCGUUCAGGUUCAGAAGCAUCUGUCACCUUGACUGAGACUGAUGCUUGUACAUGGUGCAACACUUCCUGUUGUAUCUGCAUGUGUGUACCUGUUUGUGUUGUAACGCUAUGGUUUAGUUUAUUCUUUUGUUCUGAAUUAUUAUUUGAGCAGUUAGCACUUCCAUCAGGUCAAUGGAAAUGAACAUUACACUUCUGCCUUGCUGUGGCUAUCGUAGCUUUUAACGUCAUCGAGCCUUUGCAUUUCAUGUCGAGGAAAACAUUUUUCUUUUUUUUGUUAGCAGUAAAUUAAACUGUAGAGGUUUGUAGGGAGAAAUAAUUGAGCAAUGAGCUGCUGCUGCUGCGGAUAUGAAAAGCUUUAGUGACUCUGGUCCUGUUUACACUCGUGUUGUACAACAGUGAAGUGAUGAUUGUCAGGGAAUUCGCAUUUCAACGUGUGCAAGCUUGAGACAAUAAAAGAUUCCCAACACUCAUUAAAAGCUAUCAGUUAACAAAGAAAUAAUAAGUGAAAUUGAAAAUUCGAAGAGACGGAUGUGAGGGACUUUGAAGCAGCUUUUCUAAACUUACUACAGAGUAAAGAUCAGGUUUAACUUCCCCUAAGCAAAAUAUUCAAGAACAGUUAUUUUUUAUUAUAGUAAAUUUGAAUGUUACAGUGAGAAACUUCCUUUUUUUCAUUUCAGUCUGUUUGUUUUUUAUUAUUUUAUUAUCUCUUUUUUUAUGCCAUUUAAUUUGAUUCUCUGAUUCUGGGCACAAUUGCAUGUUUUCAUUGCAGAGAAAACAACCGUCUUAAACAACUGAGGUCAGUCUAAUGUGCUAUUGAUGAGUAACAUGGUACAACUGCACGUAAUGUAUGCACUGUGAACUGAAAAUAAAAUGACACUGUUUCAUU